CUUUUUUCUGCCCUUUGCCAUAUCUGUUCAUCCAUUCACUGUCGCAAAGUCAUCAUUAACUUCUCCUGGUUCCCCUUGCCGAGCGCUCCAGAGAUUUUAGCUCAUUGGUGCCUAGUUAAUUCAAGCGCCCGCUUGACCGGGGCGAAAGCUUCGGUUAUCGAAGAUUCCCCGGCGUCUUCUUGGAAAGUGACGGCCCUUCUGUCCUUCGCCGCCCGAUUGUCAAUUGAAAGACGUUUUACGUCCUCCGGCUGCGAUUAUUGCUGAAGGCAGUUCAGACCCAAUUCAGAUCAAGAUAGGAACCUGAAUUCGCCGCUGUUAUGGUCAGAAUGAAACCGCUGCCAAUGGAAGAAAGUAUGCCCAUACGGCGAUCCUCAGCCAGAAUUAGAAAGGCCUCCAUGCCGUCAGCUUCGUCCCUGGGCCAAGCUGAUGGUCCUCCUUCUGGGUUCUCUGAUGCAGACAUGGAGAUCAAUAGCGACGGGAUUUCUACUCUACGCAGCGCCACACCAAAGUUCCUCAAAUCUGUCAAUAUUCCUCGUAAACGUCGAUUUUCGACGGAUGCACUUAGCAAUGGUCUUUCUUUGCAGACAGGGAGCCCAACCUCAUCAUCAUCGAUUCGGGCAACAGACGCAGAAGAGCCAAAUAGCGAAUAUGAAACCCCAGCCACGAGUACGACCAUGACCCCCCGAGAACCACUGCAAUCGAGCAAAGCAAAGAUAAUUACCCAGACGUCCCGUGUGAAUGCUGCAGAUCGUGCUCGGCAACUUCGAGAUAGUAACUUUUCUUUGGGCCGUCAGAAAGGAAAGAGGGCUUGGUCCGAACUGACCGAUGAAGAAGACGAGGUCGAUGAUACGAGCAUAACGCAAGAUGAGAUUCUUGCUCGAAAACUGCAGAACGAAGAAUAUUCAGGCGCUGGCCAGUCGGCUUACAUUGAGAUUGAGGAUUCGGAGAACGACGAUGAUGACGAAUAUGGUGAAGAAGAAGAUGAUGAUGAUGAGGAUGACGAGGACUUUCAGGAGUCAGAUUUUCCGUCCGCGGCAACCAUUGCCACGAAGCGGAGAAUUAAGGCACAUCCAAGUAGCGGAUCACAGCGCAAAGUCCCUAAGAGACUUUCCACCCUACGCUCCUCAAACAACAGAGAUAUAAAACGUCCCAGGGUUGCAAAGGACUCAGAGAUUCUCGACAGUGAGGAAUCUGCGUUGAGUGAACCCGAUUCCGAUUUGCUCUCGCUGCAAGAAUCCGAAUUCGAAGACGAGGAAACUGCGUCCGAAGAUGAUUUUAAACUUGCUAGAAACCUAGCACUUCGACAGGCCAAUGAUGACUCCGAGUUAUCGAAUCCGUCACCCGCGCGUCGCCGUGCGGCACCGUCGCGAAGGGGACGGCGCCCCAUGACAAGAGCCGAAAGAGAGCGACUAAAGCUGGAGACUGCUCAUCCCGAGAUCAUAACUAUGUGGGACGACCUCAGCAAUACUCCCAGAAUUCCUGCAGCGCUCGCCAAGCAACCAGAAUCCAUCAAUCGACCUUUGAAAUCUUUUCAACUUGAAGGUCUGAAUUGGAUGACAAAGCAGGAAAAGACCCAGUGGAAAGGAGGGUUAUUAGGAGACGAGAUGGGAAUGGGCAAAACUAUUCAAGCUGUCUCUCUUAUCAUGUCUGAUUAUCCUGCAAAGACGCCAACUUUGGUCGUAGUGCCCCCUGUUGCUCUGAUGCAGUGGCAAAAUGAAGUCAAUGAGUAUACCGACGGAAAAUUAAAGAUCCUUGUUUAUCACAACACCAAUCCAAAGAUAAAGCACCUCACUCGAAAGGAACUCUUGAAAUUCGAUGUUAUUAUGAUUUCAUACUCCGGCCUUGAGUCAAUCCAUCGGAAAGAGAUCAAAGGCUGGGCUCGUGGAAACGGAUUAGUCAAAGAGGACAGCGUCAUUCAUUCGAUACACUAUCAUCGUUUGAUCCUUGAUGAGGCGCACAAUAUCAAAACUCGGACCACGAGUGUGGCCAGAGCCUGUUUUGCCUUGAAAGGCGACUAUAAAUGGUGUCUUUCGGGAACUCCAGUGCAAAAUCGUAUCGGAGAGUUCUUUUCGCUUCUGCGUUUCCUAGAGGUCAAACCCUUUGCGUGCUAUUUCUGCAAGUCUUGCAGCUGCAAAGAAUUGCAUUGGUCUUUGACACCGGAUAAAAAGUGCACUCAUUGCCGUCAUAGAGGUUUCGACCACGUUUCAGUCUUCAACCAAGAGAUCUUAGGGCCUAUUACUCAAGGGGAGAAUCAGGCUCUAAGACGACAGGCUUUCAAUAAGCUACGUCUCAUCACGGAUAGGAUAAUGUUGAGACGGGUGAAACGAGAUCACACUGCUUCCAUGGAGUUGCCGCCAAAGGAAGUUGUGAUUCAUAAUGAGUUCUUCGGGGAUAUUGAAAGGGACUUCUCUACUAGCAUCAUGACAAACAGUACCCGCCAGUUCGACACUUACGUGUCUCGUGGUGUCAUGCUAAACAACUAUGCCAAUAUCUUCGGUCUGAUCAUGCAGAUGCGCCAAGUGGCGAACCAUCCAGAUUUGAUUCUCAGGAAACACGCUGAAGGUGGUCAAAACGUUCUUGUCUGCAGCAUCUGCGACGAGCCUGCAGAAGAAGCCAUUCGCUCACGUUGCCAUCAUGAGUUUUGCCGCCGCUGUGCGAAGGAUUACGUCAGAUCUUUUGAAGGGACUGUUGGGGCCGAGCCCGAUUGCCCGCGAUGUCAUAUUCCAUUAUCUAUUGACUUUGACCAACCCGAUAUUGAACAAGAUGAGGAGAACAUCAAGAAAAACUCUAUCAUCAACCGUAUCAAAAUGGAAGACUGGACUUCCUCGACGAAGAUUGAAAUGCUUGUUUAUGACCUUUACAAGCUUCGCAGCAAGAAGCAGACGCAUAAAUCGAUAGUAUUCUCUCAAUUUACGUCGAUGCUUCAGUUGGUAGAAUGGCGACUUAGACGAGCAGGAUUCAAUACAGUCAUGCUUGACGGAAGUAUGAGUCCAACCCAACGGCAGAGAUCAAUCGAAUAUUUCAUGAAGAAUACCGAUGUUGAGGUAUUCCUUGUGUCUCUUAAAGCCGGAGGAGUGGCGCUUAACUUGACUGAAGCAUCUCGUGUUUUCAUUGUCGAUCCAUGGUGGAACCCAGCAGCAGAAUGGCAAAGCGCCGACCGUUGCCAUAGAAUCGGCCAAAAACGACCAUGUGUCAUUACUCGACUUUGCAUCGAGGACUCGGUGGAGUCUCGUAUGGUCAUGCUGCAAGAGAAGAAAGCCGCCAUGAUUAACGGCACCAUAAACAAUGAUGAUGUUGCGUUGGAAAAACUAACUCCUGAGGAUAUGCAAUUCCUCUUCCGGGGAACGUAAAUAUCCAAUGCCCUAGGCGUCCAUCAUCGUCAUCAUCAUCCGGAGCUUGCAUUUUCGCUAGAUAUCAGAGCGCCUUUCACACAGAACUUUGAAUAUCUUACAUCACGCUUUCUUUAUCUCGUUAUAUUACAUGCUUACAGUUCGCUUCAAGCAAAGAUUGCAUAUCCUACCCUCAACGCAGGCGUUGGCGACGCACUUAGGGAGUUAAGGAAGUCAAGUUAUUUCUUUUCUAGCAAAAAGAUGUGUGGUGGAGAUAUUUCACGGAUAGCGUUUUAUCUGCUGUCCGUUUUCCUUUUUAAAACCAGCGUGUAUUUCGAAUUGAGGUAGCUUGAGAUCCUUAGGCGCUACUAAAAAAUUUUUACAAUCCGUCCAUUUUUACGUACUUGGAUUCGUGAUUUUCUUCUUCAGAGAACGC